AUGGAGGAAGAACUCUACCAAGGCCUCAUCGCCGAGGCUGAGGCUGGACCCGGGGCCCUCACGGCCUGCAUCCUGUUCCACGACCGGCACAGCCGGGGGGGCCGUUCCGAGGUGCACUACUACCUCACCAUGGACGGCCCGGGCGGCACGGACGGCACAUGGUUCACCCGCAGCAUGCUGCGCCGGACCUUUGGCCGGGAGUCGGCGGAGGAGCUGAUUGCCGACUACGCCCCGCCCCCCCUGUCGUGGCCGGUGAAGGGCGUCAGCCCGCACCGCCCCGCCUACUCCGACCCCGCCCCGCCGCCCGACGGAGCAAUGAGCUGGCCGUGGCGCAGGCCGGCGCCAGGGCCCGGCCCCAUCCCCGGCUUCACCCCGCCCUGGCCCCGCGCCGCCGAGUUCCCCAUCUACGGAGAGGUGGAGAGGGAGGAGCAGACCCCGCUGCGCAACACCUGGCCGGGCAUGCGGGCUGAGGACCUGUCCGACGACGACUCCUCCGCCCACCGGCAGCUGCGCCGCCGAGCGGCGACCAGCUUCGGCGACCCCGAGCCCAAGCGCCCCAGGCUCGCCUCCCCCGUCCGCCCGCCCGACGCACGGACGCUGGAGGCGCUGGCGGCCGGGACGGUGCGCGUCACGCGCCGCCUGGAGCUGGCGCUGGCGGCCCGGGACGGCGGGCGUGGUGCGGCGGGGGAUGUCCAAGCCGGCGAGGCGGUGGAGGGGGGCGAGCGGGCCGGGAUCUGGGAGGGCGGCGUGGGAGCGCCGUACUCCACGGCCGACCCCGGCGGCGAGGCCCCCGCGCCGAGCGCAGGCCAGACGACGGUGAGCCUGGCGAGGCAGCAGCCUGCCUCGACGCAGGAGGGGGGCCGUGCCGGCGAUGCAGAUUCCAGCGGCAUCGCCUCGACGGUGGGGGUGGGGGAGCGGCCGGGGGGCGCCGGGGUCCCGGAGGUCUCCAGCGCCGCCAGAGAUCGGGACGGCGGGGACCGAGGAGCGGAGGAAGGGAGCGCCAGCGCCGCCGCGGCUGGACCGGCGGGCGGCGAUGGCAGAGUGGCCGUACGUGGCGACGCCGAUGUGCGCAAGGCCGGCGCUGCUGCAGGAGCCCCGGCGGGACAGGUGCCUGUGGAUGCGAGGGGCGGCGCGGGACCAGGCAAUGCUGCCGUGCCAGAAGCGGCCCACACCACUGGAGUCCAGUCCGGGGAGGCCGGCGCGACGGCCGCAGGCGAGACGAGGCGUGCCGACCUCCCGCCCCGCAUCGAGGCGCUGCUGGCGCCAGAGGCCUGGCAGCACGUCCGCAUCCUGUCUGCCAGGGUCAAGGCAGAGUCUCGGGAGGUGCUGGUGGAGUGCAGCUGGGCGCAGCCGCGCCGCGUGCGGCACCGCAUCCUCACCCACGUCCUGCAGGAGCGGCCGCACUGCCUGAGGACGCUGGUCCAGUACUACGAGCAGGUCGCGUGGGAGAGGAUGGAGAAGAAGCGGGGCCAGGGCUGUAGGGAGGGCACCAGGGCGCCGGAGCCCGACCCGGCCGAGGCCGAGCCCGCUCGAGAUUCAUAA